AUGAACAAGAAUUGCUCAGCAAUUCGCCCACCCCAUCCACUCGCUCUCCUACAUCUCGGAUGGGAACAGUACACUUAUCAGUACAUCUACCCGAUUCAACUCUUCGUCACCUUUGUCGGCAAUAUUCUCGUGAUUUCGGUGCUGCUGGGGAGUCAAGUGCGGAAUCGUGCCAAUCACCUAUUAGCCCUUCUUGCUCUAUGCGAUGUGCUCGUUUUGGUGCUUUUAUUUCCCGAAUUCCUUGCCGCCAUUCUUCCAACUUUCUCACCGCGUUUCAGAAUCUUUUACGUUGAGACAAAAGUCGUCUUCGGCGCGCUCACCAAUUGGUUCAGCGCGGCGGCUAUCUGGUUCGUCUUAGCUGUUUCCAUAGAGCGUCUCGUCAUCAUCAAAUUCCCGUUUCGGUCACUAAACAACUUUAGUAACGUGCAAACCAUUGCGAUGGCUGUGCUGGUGCUCGGUGGGACUUUUCUGCUGACAAGUUAUCACUAUUUCUCGUGGACUUGCACCUACAAAGUUGUUUGCAACGGGCUUAUGGUGGCACCGAUUUUUCUCCCGAAUACGGACGUACAUUUGUGGACUCGUUACAAUAUGACAAACCCGUAUUCACCAAGGGCACAGACAGUGAUCCGUUUCGCGGCCGUUCUGAACACAGUGUUCGCGGUGAUCGCUCCAGUUUUCGCGGUUACUCUCAUCAACAUGGCACUUUUGAAGUUGAUAAAGAAGAGAAACUCACAGGAACUCGUCACAAGUUGCCUUCAACAAAAGGGUCCAUCCGCACAAUUGCAACAAGAAAGACGAAUGACGAGAACGGUGGUGGCCAUUGUCACUUGUUUCUCGGUGACUCAGGGUCCGUCAGCAGUUUUGUUUCUCUACGAGGCUCUCUCCCCACAUCCAAUCAGCAUGAGCUUCACCCAUUUGAAAACGAUCACGAAUUCGUUGGUGUUCACGGGUAAAAUGUGCAAUGUCGUUCUUUUCUGUCUCACCUCAUCCAUCUUCCGACGACGUUUGCUAUUGGCGUUGAGAAUGUGGACGGGUGGUGUUUUCAAAAUGGAACGCCGGAAGACGUUGUUGAGUACCCGUUCGCUUUCGCGCUCCUUGUUGACGCAGAAGACUUCGGUCGCUCAUUCGCCCUCGAUCAGAGUGGUACCUCGAACCUCGCAGAUGAAAAGAAUGGAAUCAUUCAAUCUUCAGCUCAUCCGUCGAGAUGACAACGGAAACACAGAAGUGGAAAAAACUUCCGAAACGGCGCGAGAGACAAAUAAAUUU